CGCCGCCGCGUGCGGGGGCGGGGAGGGCGGGGCGCAAGAAGCCGCGGCGGGCGGCGGCUGGCGAUGCGGGCGGCUGCGGGCACCCGGCGGGCUCGGCUUGGCCGCCGCCGCCUUCUUCGGCUCCGCCGCGGGGGUCGCAGCGGCUGCCGCGCCGUCCUCGAGUUCCCAGCGUGAGGAGGCGGCGGGCAGAAAGCAUCACGCUCCAGGCGGAGACCCAGAGGGAGCCCCGCGCCCGGCCUCGCUCAUUGCUAUGGACAGUGCUAUCACCCUGUGGCAGUUCCUCCUUCAGCUCCUACAGGAGCCUCAGAACAAGCACAUGAUCAGCUGGACCUCUAAUGAUGGGGAGUUCAAGCUCUUGCAGGCAGAAGAGGUGGCUCGUCUCUGGGGGAUUCGUAAGAACAAGCCUAAUAUGAAUUAUGACAAACUCAGCCGAGCCCUCAGAUACUAUUAUGUAAAGAAUAUCAUUAAAAAAGUGAAUGGUCAGAAGUUUGUGUACAAGUUUGUGUCUUACCCAGAGAUUUUGAAAAUGGACCCACUGACCGUGGGCAGGACUGAGGGAGACUGUGAAGCCGUGAGCUGCGGUGAAGUUGGCAGCAGCUGCAGGGACCCCGAGAGCGGGGGCAGAGAGAAGCCCCAGCAGCCCGGGGCCCGGGCCUCCAGCCGCAAUGACUACAUACACUCCGGCUUGUAUUCUUCCUUUACUCUCAACUCUUUGAACUCCUCCAGUAAGAAGCUCUUCAAACCUAUAAAGAUUGAGAGUCCAGCUGAGAAGCUGGCAGAGAAGAAGCCGCCUCAGGAGCCAACACCGUCUGUCAUCAAAUUCGUAACAACACCUUCCAAAAAGCUGCCAGUUGAACCUGUUGCCGCUGCCCUGUCAGCCGGCGCAAGCAUUUCUCCGUCUCCAGAAGAAACGCUCCAGGCGUUGGAGACUUUGGCUUCCCCCAGACUGCCUUCCCUGGAAGCCCCGGCCUCUGCAGCCGGCGGCACCCCCGCCUUUGCCACGCCCCCCAUCUCCGCCUCUCCCUCUGUGCAGGAGCCCCCCAGGACCCCUUCACCGCCGCUGAGCCCCACCCCCGACAUCGACACCGACAUCGGGUCCGUGGCCUCGCAGCCCAUGGAACUUCCCGAGAACUUGUCACUGGAGCCUCAAGACCAGGAUUCAGCUUUGCUGGGAAAGGACAAAACAAGUAAUUCCUCAAGAUCCAAGAAACCCAAAGGCUUAGAGCUGGCGCCCAUCCUUGUGAUCACGGGCAGUGACCCGAGCCCCCUGGGAAUAUUGAGCCCGUCUCUCCCCACGGCUUCUCUUACGCCAGCACUGUUCUCACAGACGCCCAUCUUACUGACGCCGAGCCCCUUGCUCUCCAGCAUCCACUUCUGGAGUACUCUCAGCCCUGUUGCUCCCCUGAGUCCAGCCAGACUGCAAGGUGCUAACACACUCUUCCAGUUUCCUUCUGUACUGAACAGUCAUGGACCAUUCACUGUGUCUGGCCUGGAUGGACCACCCACCCCUGGCCCAUUUUCCCCAGAUCUACAGAAAACAUAACCUAUGCACUUGUGGAAUGAGAGAACCAAGGAAUAAAGAAAAAGAGUCGUUCAACGUGAUUACAUUUGAAGUGAGCAGUUAGUAGUUCUACAAUGCUAAUAAUAGACUAUUGUGAUUCCCCAUUCCCCAUUGAAAUGCCUUUUUAAGAUUCCCUUUGAA